AUGAUCGUGCAGUGCCGACGGAAUGAUGGAUACACCUCUCCAACUGUCUCCUCCGUCGUCUCCGAGACCAUCGCCGUCACCGUCGCCGCCACCGUCGUCACUGUCUCCAUCGUUGCCGCCACCGUCGCCGACCCGACGGGUUUCGCCAUUGCUGUCUGCAAGUGCACCCCCGCCACCGUCAACGCAUUGCGAUGUCAGUCCUUCGGUACCACAGCUCCAAGCUUCAGAAGGUAUUGUUUUGUAGCCGAGGGGACAGCGAAUGGUAUGUCCACGGACACACGGGGCAGUGCAAGGCGAGAGGGAAAGGUUGAGGGUACUGGAAUGGAAGAGGUGGAAGAGAGGGUGUUGAUGAGGCGGGGGUAG